GGUGCGCGGGGUGGGGGGGGAAACCCCGCGGGCUGACGAGGGAGGCGCGAGCGGCUGUCGUCCGUUAGUCCGUUGGUCUAUUCCCCUCACAAGUUUGACCGCGGGCUUCUCGCGGGCGACUUUUCUGACGGCUCCAGCAACAGGAGGGAAGAGUUUGGGGUUUUUUCUUUUUAAGACAAUAUAGAUAGGGAUAUAUAUAUAUAUACUUUAUGUGAAGAAGUAGUAGUAGUCAAAGAAGAAGAAAGGAGAGUGAGAGAGAGAGAGAAAGAAAGAAGAGUGUCGGAGUCCGGUUGGAAAAGACGUCGGGAGAGAGGAGGAGAAAUAACGGACCUGAGACAAAAGCUUAUUGAACAACAUGAGCUGGAGUUUUCUAACCCGUUUGCUGGAAGAAAUUCAUAAUCAUUCCACGUUUGUCGGCAAGCUGUGGCUGACUGUUCUCAUUGUUUUCCGCAUUGUGCUCACUGUAGUUGGAGGAGAAUCCAUCUACUACGAUGAACAGGCAAAGUUUGUUUGCAAUACAGCACAACCAGGUUGUGAAAAUGUCUGUUAUGAUGCCUUUGCUCCCCUAUCUCAUGUUCGAUUCUGGGUUUUCCAGAUAAUACUAAUCACAACUCCAUCUGUAAUGUAUCUGGGUUACGCUAUCCACAAAAUUGCUAAAACAGAAGAAGAUGAAGAGCGGAAGAAAAAGAAGCCUGUUUAUGCUGUGCGGUGGAAACAGCACCGUGCUUUGGAGGAAGCAGAAGAAGAUGCCAUUGAAGAUCCCAUAUUAUAUCCAGAAAUAGAGAUAGAUAAUGAAAAAGAGAAUAAAGACCAGAAGAAAAUGCAUAAGCAUGAUGGUAGAUGUCGAAUUAAAAGGGAUGGUUUGCUGAAAAUUUAUGUUUUUCAAUUGCUUGCAAGGACUGUCUUUGAGUUGUGUUUUCUUAUGGGCCAAUAUAUUCUAUAUGGCUUUGAAGUGAGUCCAAAAUACGAAUGCGAGAGGAAGCCAUGCCCUCACCACGUAGACUGUUUUGUGUCAAGACCAACAGAAAAAACUAUCUUUCUUUUAAUAAUGUAUGGUGUCAGCUGCCUAUGUUUGUUCAUCAAUGUCUGGGAAAUGAUUCAUUUGGGAUUUGGAACCAUAAGGGAUAUAAUCCAAGUCAAACAACAAUCUGUUGCAGAAUGUUCUUAUAACUACCCGUACACGUGGAACACUCCUUCAGCCCCACCAGGUUACAAUAUCGCAGUCAAAUCAGAUCAGAUUCCAUACACAGAAAUUUCCAAUGCUAAAAUGGCUUACAAGCAAAACAAAGCAAAUAUUGCUCAAGAACAGCAGUAUGGUGGUAGCAAUGAUGAAAAUCUGCCGGUGAGCCUGGAAAAUGUGCAGAAGCAGCUGAAAUUGGCCCAGGAACGUUUGGACAUGGCUUUUCAGAUCUAUAACAGUCGGACCAGUGCUUGUAACCACUCCAAAGACAAAAAAGGAGGAUCAAACAAAAGUAGCAAUAGUAGCAAAUCUGGAGAUGGGAAAACUACAGUGUGGAUUUAAUGUUAGCCUUGUUGACAAACUGGUUUCAACUGCAUACACUCCUUUGCAGAGGAUAACUUUACAAAUGCAGACAGUUGUUCCAGAUCAAAAGGCAUUUUCUUUUGCAAAACUGUAUUUUGUUUGUUAUUCUAUGGAGAUGUGCAUUGAAGAUUGUUGACCUAGUUUUAUUUCCAGAAAUCUGCUCAGUGUAACAAUUGAGUUAACUAGAAAGGUGCAUAUAUAAGUCCUUUUCCUUCUGGUUACCAUGUAGACCAGUUUGUUAGCCAUACUUGCUGCAUAAACAAAAAGGUGCCUUUUCCAGGAUAGGAAUGAGACAGAAUACAGGUAAGUGGGCCAGCCUCAACUGUAAUUUGUGUUGCAGAGCCGUGGAAUUAAUAAUUUUGUGUAGGGGUCAGAUUUGAAAAAAAAAGAUUAGGUCCUGCAAAAUGUAAAUAGACUACUUCCAAAGUGAGUUACGCAUACAACAGCUAUGUGGAAGUUAAUCAGCACAAAUGGUGAUUUUAAAAUGGUCGGCCAGAUUUUUCAACAUCUGGAGAAUAGUGGAUCCCUUCUCUUUCUCCCUCAUUCCCAGGAUUGAGAGAGAUUGUGAUAUUAGCAGAUCAUCCUUGGUAUAAAAAAAUUAACGAAAAAUGAAUCUGCUUUUUGAUCCUUUGUUGGUAUGUAAUGCGUUAGCGUAAAGAGCUUUCUUUUUUGCAUUUACUUGCGAUCAUGAAGGCCCUAUCCAUGUAUUUAUUUGAACACAUUGUGGUGUGAUAAGGAACACGUUGUGGUGUGACAAUGAGGCCAUGGUCUACAAUUAUUGAUAGAAAAUUGGUAUGAGAUAAAGGCCCCAACAAGAGUUUACAUUAAAAUAGUUUUCUUGGUGGAAAAUACAGUGAAAUUAAAUCAAAAGUGUAAACCUUGCUGUAGAACUGUCAAACCAUUUGAAUAAUUCUGUUAUAUUAAAACUAACGUUGGGAUUAACAUGGUGCCUUAGGUAGAAAGGUUUCUUGAAGGAAGAUAUUUAUAGAGCCUCUUAUUUUAUAUACCCUUCGUCCUACUGAAAACUUCAAAGCAAUACU